AUGAGUAAGCACAUGAAAGGCGUCCACUGGAACGUUGCCGGAGUUGGCUUCGGAGUCCGAGGAUCUCAGAUCUCAGAAGUCAUCACUCUCUUUGAAGGGAUACAUCACAAUCUGUAA